GAGGAAGGGAGCCAAAGGUGCUCAGGUGCAUGUUUUCUCGCAGUCAGUCACCUAACUGCAGCCAGCAUGAGUGCUUCCCCGGGGAAGCUGAAUCAGAAGAUCGUGCCCUUCCUCAAGGGCCUCAGCAACGAAUUCCAGCCGCUGCUGAAGAAACACAAAGAGGACAUCCAGCACGUCCAGAAAUGGAUGACCCACCAAAGGCACCUACCGACCAUUUCAGAUGAAUUCGUGUUACUUUUUCUGCACAGCUGCGAGUAUAGCCUGGAGAAGGCAAAAACCACAAUAGAGACUUAUUUCACAAUUAGGGCAGGAGUUCCGGAAUUUUUUGCUCGCAGAGACCCAAAGACUGCUGACGUCAAAAACUCCUUUGAUGUCGCGGAAAUGAUUGCUGUACCAAAGUCAACAAAUAGUGGAUACAGAGUGCUGUUGUACAGGCUCAAGGAAACGGAGCCUAGCAAAGCGAAUUUCGUCGAACUGAUGAAGGCGUUCUUUGUGUUCGCCGACAUCAGGAUUAGUGAGGACGGACUGGCGCCAGGUUACAUCGUCAUUUUCGACAUGAAGGGCGUUUCGAUCGGACACCUCACCAGAGUCUCACUGCCUUCCCUCAAGAAAUACAUGGUCUACAUCCAGGAAGCGCAUCCAGCCCGUCUGAAAGCCAUUCACGUUAUCCACUGCGUGUCCUUCAUGGACAGAGUCAUGGCCCUGGUCAAACCCCUCAUGAAGGGCGAACUCAUGGGACUGCUCCACCUUCACACCGGCGGAGUGGAAUGCAUCAAGGACAUACCUCAGGAGAUUCUGCCCGAGGAUUACGGCGGAAAGGCGCCUUCCACGCCUAAAAUUCACGAGGCUGAUCGCAAGAGGACAGAGACCGAGUAUGUAGAGUGGCUGAAGGCAGAAGAAGCUUUCAGGGCGGACGAGAGUCGCAGGGCGCCCGGUAGUGGCAAAAGUAGCAGCCAAUUGUUCGGCAUGGAAGGCUCCUUCAGAAAACUCUCCAUAGACUAGUUUUAA